AUGUCCAACCUCUUUUCUUUCGACUCGGCCCCUGGCGGCGCGAACAAGGGGGGUCUUUUUGGAUCUGGUGCCACGAACACUGGCUCUAGCGCUGGCUCGGGCACACUCUUUGGAAACGUAGGUGCUCCGACGAGCGGCACUUCUUCGCCUUCUUUGUUCGGGGGCGCAGCUGGCAGUGGAACUGGAGCGGGUACUGGUACUUCGUCGCCUUUCAGUUUCGGAGCUCAGAGCAAGCCGGGGGCCACCAGUCAGACACCGUUGUUCGGCAACGCAUCACAGACUCCCAACAAGUCGACCGAAGCUGGUAGCUCAGGGCAAACAGCUACGAGCGGACUCUUUGGCAAUGCCGCAAAGCCUGCAGGGGGCCUCUUUGGCAACGCUACUUCUACGCCCGGUCAAACAGGAGGUUCUUUGUUCGGCAAUGCCUCGUCCACAACGCCCGCCGCACAAAAGCCUGGCGGUCUCUUCGGAAACGUGAACUCGACCACCUCGACUACCUCGACCACCUCAUCGGCUGCCCCGUCGUCUACUACCGCUACAGCCCCCGCCACCACUACCCCGUCGCUGUUCGGAAACGCCAACACAAACACCACAACCUCUACCUCCAACACUACGCAACAGCCAUCAACUGGGGGUCUCUUCGGUGGGGCGAACACAGCGCAGAAACCUCUCUUUGGUACCAAUCCGGCGCCUUCUACGGGAAAUAGCCUGUUCGGAAACGCCAAACCGGCCGCACCAAGCACCAAUGACAGCACUCCAAACACCCUCUUUGGAAAGGCACCGGGGGCACCGUCAACGACGACAACCCCGGCCACAGGAGGAGGAGCUGGUGCGCAGACAUCUUCUCUCUUCAAAGCCCCAGCAUCUGGAGCUGAUGCCACCAAGCCAGUCUUCCCCUCUCUGGGCACUCCGUCCUCGACCCCUCAAACCUCUACGACGCCAGCUGCCUCGUCCGCUGCGCCACAGACUUCCUCUCUUUUCCCAGCCCUAGGUGGAGCGUCCUCGUCCGCGACUCCAUCAUCAACACCCGCUCCCUCUGGAGGCUUGUUUGGCGGUGCCCUCGGUGGCGCUAAGUCCACAGCAACCACCGCUCCCGCCACUACAGCUACCGCAGCUCCCGCGACACAACCUGCGGCAGCCACCGGCGGCCUGUUCGGUAAGCCCGCGGAGACCACCCCGUCCACACAGCCAGCCAGCACUGCUGCUGGAGCCUCUGCUACGACGGCUGGCGACAAGCCCACCCUGACCGCUACCUCUGGCGCCACCUCUUCAGCUACCACCGGUACAGCAGGCGCAACAGGCACAACCACCGCCACUGGCGGAAUUGGCCUUGGUGCCUCGACUGCUGGACCGACUCCUCCGGCGCAGUCCCGCCUGAAGAACAAGACCAUGGAUGAGAUCAUCACCCGGUGGGCGACUGAUCUGACCAAGUACCAGAAGGACUUCCGCGAGCAAGCCGAGAAGGUAGCAGAAUGGGAUCGGAUGCUGGUUGAGAACGGCACCAAGGUGCAGAAACUGUACGGCAGCACGGUGGAUGCUGAGCGCGCGACUCAAGAAGUCGAGCGUCAGCUGGCGUCUGUCGAGGGCCAGCAGGAAGAGCUCAGCUCCUGGCUCGACCGGUACGAGCGUGAAGUGGACGAGAUGAUUUCCAAGCAAGUCGGACCGGGUGAAACUCUGCAGGGACCUGACCAGGAGCGUGAACGGACAUACAAAAUGGCCGAGAAGCUCUCCGAGCGCCUGGACGAAAUGGGCAAGGAUCUGACAAGCAUGAUUGAGGAAGUCAACGGCGCGUCCUCGACUCUCAGCAAGACGAACAAGGCUGACGAGCCGAUCUCGCAAAUCGUCCGCAUCCUCAACUCCCACCUCGCGCAACUGCAGGUCAUCGACCAAGGCACCACGGAGCUCCAGGCCAAGGUCGACGCCGCACAGAAGGCCGGCCAGUCCCUCUCUUCGCGGUUCGGGUAUGGUCUGGGUAGCUCUAGUGUGGGCGGUAGUGCCGCAGAUGAUUUCUAUCGCUCUUACAUGGGACGUCGCUAG